CCACUCACUCCCUGCCCAGGAUACCAGGGGCGAGCGUGAGCAGCCUGCAAGAUCAGCAAAGGGGCUGUCAGAGACUACUUCGGAACGGAAGACCGUCAGGAUGAUACUCAACCUCCUCACGUCGCUCGUGACCGCCGUCUCGUCCUCGCCCCUGGUGCACUGGCUGGUGUGGCAAGUCCUCCUUCUGGCCUUCGUCUCUCUCAUCCUCCUCGCCGCCUUUGCUGUACGACUGCUGCUCCUCCUUCCACCAGUGAGAGCAAAGCUGCACCUCAAACUUCAAACUGUACCCAAGCGAAAGGCCGAGCAGACGUGCAAGACUGCUCUCUUUCUCGGCUCAGGCGGCCAUACGACCGAGCUCCUCCUCCUCGCCUCACACCUUGACCCAAACAGAUACACCCCACGCAUUUAUAUUCUCUCCCACAAUGAUGACUUCUCGCGGGACAAGGCUCUAGAGCUGGAGCGCUCCUGGGGCGGGAGUGACGAUCAAAGAAAGGCCGACUAUUCCAUCGUCACUCUGCCACGAGCGCGGGACGUCCAUCAGCCUUGGCUCACCACACCAUUCAGCGUAGUCAAGAGUCUCAAGGCAGCCUAUGAAUGCACAGCCCCACGGUCGCCGUCUGGGUCCCAAGGCGGGGCGGAGGAGCCAUUCGCAGAUCUCCUCUUGAUGAACGGACCUGGCACCUGUGUGCCCCUGCUACUGUCGAUGUAUCUCCAUCAGCUCGCUUCCUUCAGACACUUCUUCGGAAUAGCCUUGCGGCCGCAACCGAGACCUCGGUCCAUCUACGUCGAGUCUUUCGCCAGGGUAAAGACGCUCAGCCUUACGGGCAAGAUCAUGCAGUGGGCCGUAGAUCGUUUUGUACGACAGUGGGAUGGUGAGCAGACAGGUCAGGCGGCGCAAGCGGGAAUUGAUCAGACACCUAGCAAAGGCGAGAUGCUCAGCAAAAAUUGGCUGGUGUGACAUGCUUGUAUUGCAAUCAAUUAUUGGCAUUGAGAAAGAGGGUAUGAACGAAUCUGUCAACCAACUCCCUGCUUUUAAUCCUAUGCAAGGAUCCUGGACAGCUUCUGUUGCU